AUGGCGUCUGCCCCAGAUACCACAUCAAUUCCCGGCUACACGAUCUUCCGCGAGGGAGAUUAUGAUAGUGUAGCCGCGGCAGCGAUGUUGCCCCAGGGAACUCCCCACCCAUUAGAUCAACUUACUAUCAAGGAAAUCCCAGAGGCCGCCAAGAUCAUCCGGGAACAUGCCAACCCCAAGACUAUCAAGUUCAACUGCCUCACACUCCGGGAACCGCGGAAAGCCGAAUACCAGGCAUUCCGCGCUGGACAAAGUCCCACUCCGGAACGUCGCGCUUUUGCCAUUGUCAUUGUGCGCGAGACCUCUCAGGUCGUCGAGGUGGUUGCCAAUCUCGCCACCGGCAAGGUUGAGGAAUGGAAGGAAGUUUCCGAGGUCAUGCCCACUCUCACUCUGGAGGAUCUCGAUGUGAUGGAGCGCAUUGCUCGCAAGGAUGCCCGCGUCAUCCGGGCCUGCAAGGAGAUCGGCAUUACCGAUAUGGAUAAGGUCUUCCUCGACGCAUGGGCCAUCGGCAUUGACGAACGCUGGGGCUUCGAGCGCCGUCUCCAGCAGGGUCUGGCGUACUAUCGGAACUCCGAGUUCGACAACCAGUAUGCCCACCCUCUGGACUUUACUGUUGUUGCGGAUACCGAGACCGAAGAGGUUCUCAGCGUUGAUGUCCGCUACGUCAACGGCGAGCGCACCGCUGUUCCUCUCCAGGAGCACAACUACCUUCCCGAGUUCAUUGGCGACAAGUACAACCACGACCGCCUGAAGCCUAUCGAUAUCACCCAGCCCCAGGGUGUCUCCUUCAAGGUCCGCGGCAACGAGCUGACCUGGGCCAACUUCAAGAUGCACAUUGGUUUCAACUACCGCGAGGGUAUUGUCAUUUCCGAUGUGCGGACUCACGACAUGUACGAGGACCGCGAGCGCACCCUUUUCAACCGUAUCUCCGUUGUUGAGAUGGUUGUUCCUUACGGUUGCCCCGAGAAGCCUCACCACAAGAAGCACGCUUUCGACGUUGGUGAGUACGGUACCGGUCUCAUGACCAACUCCCUGAAGCUGGGUUGUGAUUGCAAGGGUGCCAUCCACUACAUGGAUGGUGUCAUGUCCACCUCCAACGGUGAAGCCGCCGUCAUCAAGAACGCCAUCUGUAUCCACGAAGAAGACAACGGCCUUCUCUACAAGCACACCGACUACCGCGACGGCACAGUCAUCUCCGCCCGUGAUCGCAAGCUCAUUGUCUCCCAAAUCAUCACCGCCGCCAACUACGAGUACGGCUUCUACCACACCUUCACCCUGGAUGGCACCUACAAGCUGGAGAUGAAGCUUACCGGCAUGCUGAACACCUACUGCAUGCACCCAACCGAGACCGCCGCACCCUACGGUACAGAAGUCGCCCCCUCAAUCAACGCCCACAACCACCAGCACCUCUUCUCUCUCCGCAUCGACCCCGAAAUCGACGGCCACAACAACUCCGUCGUACAAAGCGACGCCGUCUCAGCCGAAGCAGCCGUCGGCUCCCCAGAGAACCCCUACGGCAACGCCUUCUACAGCAAGAAGACAGCCCUCCGCACAGCCCUCCAAGGCGCAGCAGACUACUGCUACGAGACCAACCGCUCAUGGGACAUCAUCAACCCAAACCGCAUGAACGCAAUCGCCAAGAAGCCCGUCGGGUACAAGAUCCUCAACAACAACUGCCCACCCAUGCUCGCGAAGCCAGGCAGCACAGUCUGGAAGCGCGCCGCCUUCGCCCGUAAGCCCCUCUGGGUCCUGCCCUACAAGGACUACGAGCUCUUCCCAGCCGGCGACUAUGUCUGCCAAUCCACCGGCGACGACGGACACCCGCACAACCCUACUAUCGCAGACUGGGCAGCCCGCAACGAGAACAUCGACAACACCGAUAUCGUUUGCUACCUCCAGUUUGGACUGACGCAUUUCCCGCGUACGGAGGAUUUCCCCAUUAUGCCUGCUGAGCCGGUAAGCAUUAUGCUUCGUGCUUCGAACUUCUUUGAGAAGAAUCCUGGUCUGUGGGUGCCUCCUUCUGCUGUUUGUGUUGAUACCCAGUCCAAGAAUGCUUUCCCUUCUGCUGCUUCUGCUUCUUGUUGUCAGGGUAGCAGUUCCAGACUUUAG